AUGCUUAACUUUAAUGCUAAUAAUGGUGACGAUUCAUAUUCAUCAUUGUCAGACGCUCUUGGAGAAUCUGCUACAGAUGAAACAUCUAAUAAUUUACAACAAAUGGAAGAUCAAGAAAUUAAUCGAGUUAUUAUUUAUCAUGAAGCAACAAUAUCACUAGGAGAUUGGUUAAUAUUAAUGUGUUUUUGUUUAUUUUUUUAUCAAUAUUAUGAUUUAUUAUUAUUCAUAUUUAUUAUUCAUGAAAUAAUAAAUAAUAGAAACAGAUCUACUGUGCAUAUGCAUCAAUCUGAAUUAAGAUCUUUCAAUUUACCAAUUCAUGGUUAUUAUCGUACAGAUCGAGAUGCGCAAGCAGAAGGCCGUGUAGAUUGUCCAAGUGAUGAAACUUUAACAUUUUCGAGAGCUGUAAUCGUCGUCAAUAAUGAACAAUUAUCAACCGAAGAUACACAGCCACAUGAUGCAGGAGUUCUAAUAGGUUUAAACAAUAAUCGACCUACAUACUUUAUGAUAGAUAAUGAAAAUGGUCAUAUCAAUGAAAAUGCAACAUCAUAUACUACUAUGAAUGAUGAUAUCAUUGCUCAAAAUCUACAAAUUGGUGAAAAUGCUCAAGUUCUAAAUAAUAAUGAUGCACCUGAAACUGCUCUUGAUAAUCUAACAUGUAAUAUAAAUCCUCUGAACUCAAUUGAAUCGCAAGAUGAUAUGCAGUCCAGUGACAGUAGUGAUGAAGAAGAUCGAAUUCUUGGUUCAGAAAGUGGUUUUGAUAGUGAUGAUGAAUAUGAUUCAAGCGACGAUAAUGAAGAAAGAAAUCAAACAUUAGAAAAUAAUGAAAAUCUCAUUAACCAUGUUGAAAAUGAUAAUCAAUUAGAUCAUACAAAUCCUGAUAAUGAACAACGAUCUAGAACGGAUACACUUCUAUCACACAAUGAACCAAUGGAAAUGCAGGAAAAUGUUUCUGCUCCACUUGAAGGUGCUCGUCAAACAAUAGAAGAUACUACUUAUAGAAUACCUAUACUCAACCAGAAACAAACAGGUCUCACUGACUUAACUACUGGGUCAAGUAUCAGUAAAGUUCGUAUACGUCGAGGACGCAAAUUUAAAGAUGAAGAAAUACAAAAAAAUAUUAAAGAAUCUCAAAUAAAAGAUAUCAAUAAGAAUUAUUUACAUCAAAAUGAAAUAUAUGAACAAGUUGAUCCAAACAAUGAUCCUGAUCUUUUACAAUUAGCAAAAGAAAAAAAGGAAUUUUUUGAACGAUUGGGAUGUCGUUUUGGAAGUCCUUUUGAAUUGGCUAACGAAACACAUUUUCGAACAUACAAAGAAGCCCGCAUAUUGACAAGAGGUGAUCGAGAUAUUAUUAUAAAAAGAUUAACUGAAGAAUCUAGACGAAUAAUUCCGUACAAUCUACACUUUUUGAAAACAUUUCGUUGCAAUCAUGAUAUUCAAGUUAUUACCGAUCCAUGGGCAUCUGCAGAAUAUUUAUUUUCUUAUGUAUCAAAAGAUACCCACAUGGAAAAAAAUUUAGCAUAUCAAAUGUCAAAUUGUACUUGUUCCAGUCUUAUGGAAGCCAAAGCAAUUCUUCUAAAAACAGGUAAUGCAAUACUGUCUCAUCGUCAAGUUGGUAAAGUUGAAGCAUCAUGGACAGUACUGCUAUUGAUUCAACAUAAAGAACCAGCAUGUAUUAGUUCUACUUGUCGUUAUGAUGAUUCAAUGUUGGCUAUGUACUCAAUGCUUUCUAUUGGAAUACCAUAUCGAGACCCAAUUGAGGAAUUCCUGGGUGAAAAUGAUUUGAACGCUAUCCAUCAAUUAUUGCUGAAAAGUAAACCCGAGAUAUUACAACGAUUUUCUACAUUACCUGGAGCCUACAAAAUACAAAUGAUCAAUGCAAUUGAACAUUUAUGUGACUUAAAUGCUCAUGAUUUUAUUAUCAAACCAAGAACAUCAUUUAUAUUUACAACCGAAGAUGAAGAAGACGUAGAUGAUGAAACAAGCAACAAUAUACAACAAAUGAAUGAUAGUAACAUUACCAAGAGUAAUAAAGAUUCCUGUAAGCGUGCUUUCUCUGAAAAUAUUGAUGAAGAUGACCAGGAACACUUGAAUGCCAAUGAAGAUACGACAAUCAAUUGUCCUUCCAGUCGUACUGAAGAGUUGCUAUUAUCAGCCAAUACACAACAGCUUUUUUUGGCAAAUUGUUUUAGACAAUAUCUGGCAGCAAUGAUGCGAUACGAAGAAAACCAAUAUCGCUCUCAAAAAAUGUCAAAACCAUUACCCUUUCAUAUAAUUGUCAAUGGUUUAGCUGUUUCUGGAAAAUCCUAUGUUAUCUCUAUUAUUGAACAGAUGUUAACCGACUUUUGUAUUAGUGAAUCAGCUACUCGAAAUCGUCCAUGUAGACGAAAAGGAUUACUUAAGAUGGCUCCUACUGGUAAAGCUGCUUUAAAUAUUCAUGGUUGGUCUAUCCAUACUGCUCUAGGCAUGCGUCCCGGCAACACAUCUACGCCAAAUAAUGCUCCAUCCUUUAAAAUACAUUCGAUUCGAAAAAGACUUGGUGAUUUGAUAUUAAUAAUUAUUGAUGAAAUUUCACUUGUCUCCUACAAUCUUUUUCAAAAAGUGAACAAGCGAUUAAAUGAAAUAUUUGAAGUAGCUGACAAAAGUGACGUCUAUUUUGGAAACAUUCCAGUUUUAUUAUUUGGCGACUUAGCUCAACGUGAACCAGUUGCUGCCAAACAAAUUUUUUGGUGA